GAUAAUCAGGCCAGAGAGAGCAUUUUUCUCCUGUUGUCGGACGUCUGACGACCUCUUAUCGAUUCCGCUUGUCCGUCGUCCAGAACCACCUCUCCUGCAGUUACCAUGACAACGCAUAAACUAUGUCGGCGCAUUCUCGGUUUGUCGCUUGCCGUUACUAGGCAACGUCUCCACAAUUCCAUGAAGACGUCGGGAAAAGACCCUCGAACGUUUUCCUGAGAGUUCGCGCUUUGGAAUUAAAAGUUUUCACUCCUAGCGAAACAUUUAAGCCUACCUGCUGGAAACAUGACGACUUCGUCUCUUCCUAUUUUCCACAGGGACUCUGGUCCAAAACCUAAGGUGGAAAAAGCAAUGCAAAACAUUUUUGUGACACAGCCGGAGGAAACCAGACAGAGAAAAGAGGACAUUGACAGCUAUAUCUCUACUGUCCCGAGGACUAGCAGGAUCCUAGAGGCUGGAGUAAAUACCUUGAAAAAGACCAUGGUUGUUAGGAAAAGGGCAGAGCUUGAUGAGGUGGACACUCUGCUCGCACUCAAACGGCAACAAUUUAAGAGCUGUAUGGAGGACCUGGCUCAUAGAAGAUCUGAGCUAGAAAAACAACAACAACAGGAUAAAGAAAGGGUAAAGAAAUUUGAGAAGUUCGUAGCCGAGAAUGAAGUUAAGCGACAUAGAGCUCUGAAGAAGUGUGAUACUACAAGGGAGCAGAAUGUUUUAAAACAGAGAGAGAUAGAGGACUUGACAGAACAGCUGAAACAACUUAGAGUCAGAAAGGAACGUUUAAAGGAGAGGAUGGUGAAAAACAAAAUCUUUGAGGAUUUCUUGAUGAGAACCCUAGAUUAUCUCCCCAGCAUUUACCGCAAUAACGGGAAUGAAUCUUUGGUUAUGCCCAUCAUUUGGCGCCACGAGACCCUAUCUAUUACCCAUCAGGAGUUGCUGAAACGUUUGGAGCAAAUGGAAGCAGAGGUGGAGCAGAGUCAGCAACUACUGCGGAGUAUGAAGCCAGAACACAACAUUAAAACACUGAUGGCAAACAAGGAGCUGUCAGAACUGCAGAGUGAGUUAGAAACCCUCAAAGAGAAGAACAAGCAGGCUGAAGUUAACUUGCUAAUGGAGCAAGGUGUAUCCAGAGAGAAAGUUGAAGAGGUGGGAAGAUUGAUUAUGGCUAUCAACAACCUCGCACAGCAGUGCUACCUCCCAGCUUAUGGACCACUGGAAAGUAUGAAUGUACUGACAAUGUUAGACAUGGUGAAGGAGUGCAUUUUGGACAAGGCUGACACAGAGAGGAGGGUGAAGAGACUGAUGGGGUCAGCCUCUGCAGUCACAAGUACAGCGGCUGUGACAGACAAGAGAUGGAGGGCAUCAAUGAAAAGCUUUGGAAGUAAAACACAUAUAAAAAGCUAAAGUAAAGUCAGUAAAAAGAGUGAGCUAUUUAACUGAUGGUAUUGUUAUUGUGUUUUUCAGUGUUACAUCUUGUUGACAUGAAAUGUGACUCAAAGCUGUAGAAAAAUUUGGUAGGUGAAGAUUGUGAGAAGAAUGUUUUGUUAAAUACUUUUGUGGUCAUUUUCAACCACAAUUUCCCGGUGUUUAAAACGGCAAUGCAUUAAGGUUGUGACAAUACAUUAAUCUACAACGUUUCAGUUAUUAGUGAACUAUUAGUCCAUCCAAACUGAAAACUUAGAUUCAGCUUUGAUACAGUGAUCAUUUAAGACUCUCUUGAGCAAGAAUUUGGAAUCAUUUAUAUUUGCUUUAUUCUAAAAACUUAAAUUUCUGAUUUUGAUUUGAAGAGGAAAAUGUGUAUAUUCAAGGGUGUGGUGUGUAACCAUGAUAACAUUAGACUAUACUUCCCUAGUUACAAUAAGUAAAUUCUAAAAAUAUUUUUAAGACUAAACAGGAGUAAGAUUUUGCAAUUUAUCCUGCUUUAAAGUACAAAAAUAGAAAUGUAUCCUUUCAGUUUUCUUUUGCAUUGUGUGAAAAUUUAAAAC